CCUGAGGUUACAUAACAUCAUGAGGAAUAUCCACAUCUCUAUAUGCAUGCUUUUAAUAGCAAUGGUGCACUUAGGGGCAAGUAUACCCUCAGUUUUCAACUAUGGUGAUGCCCUUGAUAAGAGCUUGAUGUUCUUUGAAGCACAAAGGUCUGGUAAAUUACCGUUUCAGCAGAGAGUUAAGUGGCGUGGUGAUUCUGGUCUCAAUGAUGGAUCUCAGCAAGGAGUGUGCUUGGUAGGAGGAUACUAUGAUGCAGGAGAUCAUGUGAAAUUUGGGUUGCCAAUGGCAUUUAGUGUGACAAUGCUUUCAUGGGGAGCCAUUGAGUUCAGGAAGGAGAUCACAGACUUAGAUCAAAUGGCACACACAUUAUGGGCCAUUAAGUGGGGAACUGACUACUUCAUCAAAGCACAUACUCAGCCUAAUGUUCUUUGGGGACAGGUGGGUGAUGGAACUUCUGAUCACUACUGCUGGGAGCGUGCUGAAGACAUGACAACUUCAAGGACUGCCUAUAGAAUUGAUGAAGAACAUCCUGGCUCUGAUCUUGCUGGUGAAACUGCAGCUGCAUUGGCUGCAGCAGCUAUAGCCUUCAUGCCUUACAACUCUUCUUACUCUAGUCUCUUGCUAGUUCAUGCAAAACAGCUCUUCACAUUUGCGGAUAGGUUCAGAGGUCUAUAUGAUGAUUCCAUAUUUGGUGCUCAACAAUUCUAUUCUUCUUCCGGUUACUCAGAUGAACUGUUAUGGGCUGCCACAUGGUUGUAUCAAGCAACUGGCGAUGAAUACUACCUGCAGUAUGUAGUGGACAAUGCUGUGUAUAUGGGUGGAACUGGAUGGGCAGUGAGAGAGUUCUCAUGGGACAACAAAUAUGCUGGCGUGCAGAUCCUUCUAUCUAAGGUAUUACUAGAAGGAAAGGCUGGUUCUUACGCUUCUACACUAAAGCAAUAUCAGGCCAAGGCAGAUUAUUUUGCCUGCGCUUGCUUGCAAAAGAAUGAUGGUUACAAUGUCCAGAAAACCCCAGGUGGCUUGGUAUACGUGCGUGAAUGGAACAACAUGCAGUAUGCUUCAUCUGCUGCAUUUCUUUUAGCUGUUUACUCUAACUAUCUCUACGCGGCGAAAACCCAGCUUGGUUGUCCAGAGGGACAAAUUCAACCUCAGGAGCUCCUAAAUUUUGCAAAAUCACAAGCUGACUAUAUUCUUGGAAAAAACCCCAAGGAUAUGAGCUACUUGGUUGGAUAUGGACCAAACUAUCCUCUUCAUGUUCACCAUAGAGGUGCUUCCAUUGCUUCAAUCUUUGUUCUGCACUCUGAGGUUGGUUGUGUCCAAGGAUUCGAGGCAUGGUAUGGCCGCCCUGAGCCGAAUCCCAAUGUUGUCUUGGGUGGGCUUGUGGGAGGACCUGACAAAAAUGAUGACUUCUCUGAUGACAGAUCCAAUUAUGAACAAACUGAGCCUACAAUUUCAGGUUCUGCUCCUCUUAUAGGCAUCUUUGCUAAACUGCAGAGUUUAUAUGGUAAUACAGGUUCCUACCAAUAUCUUACUGAAACACCAGUACCCCAGCCAAAAACAUCAACUCCAAAUCCACAUAUAACACCAGCACAUACAACAUCAGCAGAAUGGUAUGAUUCUGUUUCAGGGGUCCCAGUAGUAUUCCUUCAUUCAAUCACUAGCUCAUGGACUGUUGGCACAUCAACUUAUUACCGUCACAAGGUGGUAAUAAAGAACACUUCCCAAAAGCCAAUCUCAGAUCUUAAGUUGGUGAUUGAGAAUCUCUCAGGCUCUCUAUGGGGUCUCUCUCCAACAAAAGAGAAGAACACCUAUGAACUACCCCCAUGGCUCAAGGUCUUGAAACCUGGCUCUGAGUGCAUAUUUGUUUAUGUUCAAGGAGGACCCCAGGCCAAAAUCUCUAUUCAGAGCUUCCAAUGA